AUGAAAUUAAAUGAGCAACAGAAGCAGCAUAAAUCACGACAGAUUCAAACUAAAAGUGGUAUUGUUGAAGGAAAGCAAUUAAAUUGCAACAAAGGUCCAGUUGAUGUCUUCCUUGGUAUACCAUAUGCAAAACCACCGAUCGGAGAACGUCGAUUCAAAAAGCCUGAAAUGAUUUGCCCAUGGAGUGGUAUUUUAAAGUGUAAGCGAUAUCAAAGUCGAGCUCCUCAAAAAGAUUUUUUUUGGGAUCGAAUAGAUUUAGGUGUUGGAAAAAGUGAAGAUUGUCUGUAUUUGAAUAUUAUCGCACCGGGAUGGAAGCCACAACUUGAAUUUAAGGAUGGUUUUCCGGUGAUGUUUUACAUUCAUGGUGGUGGUUAUUUGAUCGAUUCGGCGGUAAAAUAUCAUUAUUCGAAAAUUGCGAGGCUUCUGGUAUGUAAGAAUAUAAUUGUUGUAACGAUCCAAUAUCGCCUUGGCUUUCUUGGUUUUUUCACCGUUGGUAAUGAUAUUUGCCCGGGGAAUUUUGGCAUUUGGGAUCAGCUUAUGGCUUUAAAAUGGGUAAAAGAGAAUAUCAAAUAUUUUGGUGGUGAUCCUGAUCGGAUUACUAUUGUUGGCCAAAGUGCUGGUGCUGCAUCUGCUGAUCUAUUAGCUUUGUCACCUCAUAGUCGAGAUCUCUUCAAACAAAUCGUAUUACUAGGCGGUAAUGCUGAAUGUCCUUGGGCAGUAUUAGAUGUUAGCAAAGUUAGCGACUAUUGUUAUCAACGAGCUAGAAAAUUGGGCUGGCAAGGUAAUGAUAAUGCAGAAAUGAUAAAAUUUCUCCGUAAACUGCCAGCCUCAAAAUUUGCUUGUAAAUUAAUUGGUAAUAAAGAAUUGUUUGCCACUGGUCGUUUACCAUUAACACCAAUCAUAGAUGGUGAUCUAUUACCCUGUUCUAUUAUGGAACUACGAAAGCAAUCACCUACAAAACCAUCACUUGUUGGUCUCACCGAAGAUGAAGGCCAAAUUUUUGCAGCAGUUGGUCGAAUGGCAUGCGAUAUGAAAGAUAUUAAAAUGGCAAUUGAGGUAUUGGCGAAUAGUACUGAAGGAAGUGGAAUUGAUACAGAAGAAGUGGUCCAUCAAAUUUAUUUAAAUCGUACCGAUAGCAAUAUUAAUAGUCGUCGGAAUAUUCAACGAGCCUUUAUUGAUAUGCUUGGCGAUUUAACCAGUAAUUAUGGGACAGUAUUAUAUGUGAAUAAAUUGCUUGAACGAGGUGAAACCGUUUAUAUGUAUUCGUUAGAAUAUUGUAAUCCGGCUUGCUACGGCUUAUUCAAUCUUUAUCUUCCAUACAAAACAGCAACGCAUGGAGUUGAUUUGAUUUAUCUCAUGGAUGCAAAUGUUUUCUUAUCACCAUUUUUCAAAACAACAAUCGAUAGGCAAAUUACGCGAUUCCUGACACAAUCUGUAGCUAAUUUUAUCAAAUAUCGCAAUCCAAAUAUCUGUGAUAAAAUGGAUCAAGCACUUCCAUGUGCAUGGAAACCCGCAACAUUAGAUAUUCCAGAACAACAUUUACGAAUUGCGCAUGUUAUCGAAAUGCGUGACGAAUUUAAAAAUGGACGAAUGAAGCUAUUAAAAGAUAUUUUUGGUAAUUUAAUCUUGAAAUGA